CGCACGCCCCGCCUCUGUCGUCGCGAGAAGGAGUCGCUAGGGGCGUCUGCGCGGAGAAACGGAAGUGUCGGUGACGGUCUGAGACUUCACCGCCAAGCUGGGAACCGGGGAGAUGGCCGAGACUGACCCCAAGACCGUGCAGGAUCUCACCUCGGUGGUGCAGACACUCCUGCAACAGAUGCAAGAUAAAUUUCAGACCAUGUCCGACCAGAUCAUUGGAAGAAUUGAUGAUAUGAGUAGUCGCAUUGAUGACCUGGAAAAAAACAUUGCAGACCUCAUGACACAGGCUGGGGUGGAAGAACUGGAAGGUGAAAACAAGAUACCUGCUACACAAAAGAGUUGAAGGUUGCUAAUUUACACUGAAAUCUGGAACAUUGUUUUUACAAGCCAAGAGAAGACCGAAUGGCUUUUUGCAACUAACUACUAUGUGUAGACAGGUUUUAUAUUAUAAAGUUUGCAUUCUUCUUAUCACAUAUUAUAUAGUUAGUUUAUAGAGUGACUACCCCCAGUUUCUUGAACGUGAUAACUUCUCUUGGACCUUGGUCAGUUGUGCUAUUAAAUAUCAAACACUAUAACUUUGGUGGUUCCUGCAUAAAAUUGUCAAAAUUUUUAGUGUAUUUUUGUGAAAUCAUUUUUUUCCUAUCAUUCCUUUUGUAGUGAUGGAUGUUUGAUAAAAGUUGCUGUGUAAUUUGUUUCUAUUAGACAUGUAGUAGAUCCUUCUGUUACAAUUAGACUUUGUGAAGUAAGACAUUUACAGAGUUUAAGGUUCUUUAAUUCUCAACACAGAGUGACUGUUGAGCUAACAACACCAAUAGUGUGUUGGUGGUACUUUUCAAAUGGUUAAAAACAUUUACAAAUUGUUUAUUUAGAAAUGCCUGGUACUACUAUGUUGCCAGAACUCAGACAUGAGUCAUAAUUUUAUGUCUAAAUCCCUGAAGUCAGAUGCUAAAGUAGUGAAGAGUAACCACUGCCACUUUAGUGUGAGAAUUUUUAAAUUCGGAAAAUUACAGAAUUGCCUAACGUAAUGAGGCAUUCAUUAGUUAGAGUUUUGCAUGAGAUUUGAAUACUUCCGUAGAACCUGACGUUGUUCAUCUGCAAUAGUUACCAUAGAAAAUCUGGCAGGAUUUUAAAACUCAAUUGUUCCAUCUUUUCUUUGAGCUACUGAAUGGGAAAAUAAACAGAAAAGGGAAAAAAGGCCAUAUUAAGACUGUGCCAGUUGCUUUGUUAAAACAUAAUAAAUGACCCGUAGUAGGCUCAAUUUUAAGAAAUGCAGUUUCUUUAAACUAUUUCUUCCCUGAAAUCUUGCAGAGUAAUUAUUGAUUAUAGAAGACAGGGAUAAUAACUCUUGCCACUCAAGAAUGUAAUGUCAGGAGUGCUAAGCCUAGAGUCCAGUAUUGACUGUGAAGGAGAUCCAUGCGACUGUCACCACAAAGUGAUUUUGUACAGAAAAAAAUAGAAAAGUUGAGGAACGGCAUUGCGCUUCAGAGAGGAAAACCCUUAACACGGAGUGGUUGGUUGGUUUGCUAUAUCACCAGUCUUGAUUGUAUUGCAAAUAUAUAAUGAUAUUAAGAAAUUAUUUGUCCUAUUUAUAAAUUAUAUGGGGAUCACAAAGGAGAAAAUUUAUUCUGUGAUAAAGUGAUUUAACCAUUAUUAUUACCCAGCUGCGGAACUCCUUUGAUGAGCAGGUCGUUCUGCAAGGUUUCGCCCUGAAAGCCCGAGGCCUGCUGGACUCUAACGAACCAGCUGAGACCUGUGAGCAGGAAGUUUUCAAGCCUAGUAUAUGGCAACUGGAACUGAUACGGCCAGUUGCUGUUGGAAGGUUAGUCGGAGUCUUAGGAGUUGGCUUCCUUGAGUGCUGGAAAGAUUCCCGAGGCAGGCUUCCCUGGCCAAAACUAUCUGCCAUGAAUAAAGGUGCCUGAAAUCCUGCUA